AUGUUCAAGAGAUUGCUUGAAGAAGAGUCUUCGUUCCUGAUUUGGACUCCUUACGGCGGAAUGAUGGCCAAAAUCCCUGAAUCCAAGAUCCCAUUUCCGCAUAGAAACGGAACCAUCUUCAUGAUUCACUAUUACACGAGCUGGUCAGAGAGUGACAAGAGGCCGAACAGACACAUCAAAUGGAUCAGAGAGCUGUACAGUUACAUGACGCCUUAUGUCUCAAGCAAUCCAAGACAAGCAUAUGUGAACUACAGAGAUCUAGACCUCGGAAAGAACAAGAAUAACUCAAAGGUUAACUUCAUAGAAGCUCAAAUCUGGGGAGCUAAGUACUUCAAAGACAAUUUUAGCAGAUUGGUGAGGAUUAAAUCAAAGGUUGAUCCAGAUAACUUCUUCCGACACGAACAGAGCAUCCCAACUAUGAGUCUCUGA